UUCCUCAGGCAUCCCGCGUCCGCCGAUUCCUCCUCCCUGGUCGCCGCGUCCUUGGCUGGCAGUCAGAAAAAUGGCUACAAACUUCCUAGUACAUGAGAAGAUCUGGUUUGACAAAUUCAAAUAUGACGAUGCAGAAAGGAGAUUCUACGAGCAGAUGAAUGGGCCUGUGGCCGGUGCCUCCCGCCAGGAGAAUGGCGUCAGCGUUGCGAGAGCCAGAGAGAACAUCCAGAAAUCCCUGGCCGGAACCUCAGGCCCAGGGGCCUCCAGCGGCGCCUGCGCAGACCACAGCGAGCUCCUAGUCCGGAUCGCCAGUCGGAAAGUGAAGAAUCAGAGCCUGCGGGGGGUGGUACAGGAGCUGCAGCAGGCCAUCUCCAAGCUGGAGGCCCGGCUGAACGUGCUGGAGAAGAGCUCUCCUGGCCACCGGGCCACGGCCCCGCAGACCCAGCAUGUGUCUCCCAUGCGCCAAGUGGAGCCCCCGGCCAAGAAGCCAGCCACACCAGCAGAGGAUGACGAGGAUGAUGACAUUGACCUGUUUGGCAGCGACAAUGAGGAGGAGGACAAGGAGGCGGCACAGCUGCGGGAGGAGCGGCUGCGGCAGUACGCGGAGAGGAAGGCCAAGAAGCCUGCACUGGUGGCCAAGUCCUCUAUCCUGCUGGAUGUCAAGCCUUGGGACGAUGAGACAAACAUGGCCCAGCUGGAGGCCUGUGUGCGCUCUGUCCAGCUGGACGGGCUGGUCUGGGGGGCCUCCAAGCUGGUGCCCGUGGGCUACGGUAUCCGGAAGCUGCAGAUUCAGUGUGUGGUGGAGGACGACAAGGUGGGGACGGACUUGCUGGAGGAGGAGAUCACCAAGUUUGAGGAGCACGUGCAGAGUGUCGAUAUCGCAGCUUUCAACAAGAUCUGAAGCCUGAGUGUGUGUGUGUGCGCGCGUGCGUGAGGCCCUGCCAUGAUUAAAGACUGAGACUGGCAAAAAAAAAAAAAAAAAAAAAAAAAAAAAAA